UCGUGUGCUGGACACCCACCCACCACCACUACCGACAGAGGCGAUUCUCCUUCUCCCGUCUGUCACUCCUCCCACACCACCCUCCCGUUCACGCACCCAGGCCACAGAGCUCCCGUCGCCAGUCCGCUUUUUUUAAAACCCGAAGAAGCCAGCCAUGUACCAACGUGUAGGCCAAGUGUGGGCGGCUAUUUUGGUGGGCGUGGUCGUCGUCAGCGUCAUGCAGAUGGGCGGAGUUGAGGGCAAACCCGACCCAACGCAGCUGGCGGCCAUGGCUGAUGCCCUCAAGUACCUGCAGGAGCUCGACAAAUAUUACUCCCAGGUGUCACGACCCAGCCCCCGUUCGGCGCCAGGUCCGGCCUCGCAGAUUCAGGCUUUGGAAAAGACUUUAAAGUUCCUACAACUACAAGAGCUCGGCAAAUUGUACUCACUUAGGGCUCGGCCGCGAUUCGGAAAACGCAGCGAGUAUGCCGUUCCUCCUGGUGAUGUUCUGAUGGAAGCCAGCGAGAGACUGAUGGAGACUUUGGCACGCAGGAGGUGAAUUCCCUUACAUCACCACUGCUCUGUGAAGUCGCUACGACGCCUCCGCAAAUUUUCAUCCAAUCAGCUACCGCCAAAGAUGGCUUAGAGCCAAUCAUCAUCCGAGCUGCCCACUUAUCUUCUCCAGCCAAUCUGCGUCUUUGUUUACAUUUUACAUUUCUCUUCUGACUAAUUUAUCUCUCUCUCUCUCUCUCUCUCUCUCUCUCUCUCUCUCUCUCUCUCUCUCUCUAAAAUGCACAAAUAUCGAUGUAUGAAAUGACGUGGUGACGCACCAGCUGGUAGGAGGUUUCACAUUUAAAAAAUAUAUAAAUUAAUAUAUAGACCUAUAGAAGACAGACAGAUCCAGCCCCUUCGUACCAGCUAGGGCGUCAUCUAUGAAGUCAAAAUUCCAAUUUUUUUCUCCUUUCAUUAUUCUUCAGCCUUCAUAUAAUUUCCCUGCCCUACUCACUAAAACUUUGUAGUGUCCUAAUAAUGAAAAUAAAAAUGCACGUUGUGUAUUAAAUGUGGUACAGCAUUGAA